GCUAGCGGGGAGCGGCGCAAGAACAACGCACGGCCAUUUUGUUUUCGCAUCAACGCUUCAACUUAAAAAAACUAAACAAAAACUUGAUGACAGUGCAUUUCUACAUCGAAACCAUCCGUCAGUGUGUUCAAAACAGUUCCCCAAUCCACGUUUGAGAGCUACAAACACGUUUAGCAGUACAAAGUACUUAUAACAGUUAUAUAAACCAUAAUACUCUUAUAAAGAGCAACGUAGAUCAGUGUUUCAUAUCGGAGUUGUGUUGAAAAGUGUUUUUUGUAGUGAAAUCGAGUUUGGUUCGAGUUAAUCAGGAUGUCCACCCUGCUGUUCUGGCAGGGCAGAGGCAAGGCCAACGGAGCACCCAACGGCCGAAACUGGAUACACGCGCCGGAUGCGCUCGUGAAGGGACAUGUCGCUUAUCUGGUUAAGUUCCUAGGAUGCACGCAAGUGGAGCAACCUAAAGGCAUCGAGGUGGUGAAGGAUGCCAUCAAGAAGCUGCAGUUCACACAACAGCUGAAGAAGUCUGAAGCGAAGGAUGGAGCCAAGUGUAAGAAAGUUGAGAUCACCAUCUCCGUUGACGGAGUGGCUAUUCAGGAGCCGCGAUCGAACAACAUAAUGUACCAGUUCCCGCUCCACCGGAUAUCCUACUGCGCUGACGACAAAGGCGCCAAGAAAUACUUCUCGUUCAUCGCUAAAGGUGGCAGCACUGUCAAUGGCGGGAUGAAUGGACACGAGACACCAGAGAAGCACGAGUGUUUCGUGUUCAUAUCCACCAAGCUAGCGUCCGAAAUCACGCUCACCAUCGGUCAGGCGUUCGACUUGGCCUACAGGCGGUUCUUGAACGACAAUGGUAAAUACAUUGAGAUGCAGAAGCUGUCCCUACAGAAUAAGAAGCUGGAGCUACAGAUGAAUGCGUACAAAAAUCGCUUACAGGAGCUAUCAAAAAUAACGUACAAGGACGACCUCUCAGCGUACCUAGCCCGCAAUAGCCUCAGCGACAUUGCGGAGUUCAAGGCGCCGGCCGAGUUGGAGAAACAAAUUGCGUCCCUCACCCUAGCUAACGGGUUCAGUGCUAUGAACGGGAAUAACACGCCUGAAAUCGCGACAGAUGCGCUUUCCAACAACUCAACGGAUACGUUCAACUCUAGCAACGACAACAAUCUGCUGCUCUCCACGCCGCCUCCCAUACACAACGGGAAGACCAGCGGAAACAAACUCCUGGGCGACAUCUCCUCUAGCAAGAAUCCCGUCGUAGGAACCAAGCUCGAAGGACUCCUACUCAAUUCCGACUCGGACAGUGACUUCGACCCGCGUGCGUACGAGUCGGAGCCCGUAUCACGCUACGCCGCGCCGGGGGUCGACAGCGCCGUCACACCCACACCGCCGCUUUUGGCGCCGCCCCCGAAAGCGUCAAAACGCAGCACCGCGCAGCACCAGGCCCCCCAACCCUCGCCCCUCAACGGCAGCGACCUGUUCGGCUCCACCCCCUUCUCCAUCCCCACCCAACCGCAACCCAACCCAGCGUUCCCCCAAAAACCGAACUACGACAUAACCGAUUUCAACCUCCAAACAUCGGUUUUUAACAACACUAGCUUCACAAACGGUCUCAGCGGUUACGACCCGUUCGACACACAGAAAAGUGGCAACAUUUUUGGUAACGGCUUCGGGAACACUUUCAAUGGUUUCGGCAAUCUCAGCGAGAAGCAAACGGUCGAGCUAGACAGCAGCUUUAACGGGUUUCUAGAAAAAAGUAUUUCGGAGAUGAAGGAUGGAUUCAGCAGGGGUAUCACAUUUGGAAACGAUGAUUUUUCAAUAGACAACCUUGAUCCCCUCAAGAAAAACUAAUUAUCCUCCCCAUAAACUAAAUAAUAGAUAAAAUUUUAGCUAAUAAUGAUGAAAGCUUCGUACCAAUCCAUACAACUGGAAAUGAAUGCAAUAAAAUUAUAUUUUUUCGAGAAAAUAUACAUUUUGAAUUAUUGUUCUUUUACAUUUAGGCGUUGUGUGGAUUUUAGCGACGAUUUUUACUCUUUUCGAAAGUUGUGUGUUGUCAUAUAUCUGGUUAAAAACAUAACAUAGCUCACGAGUCACGUCUAUAUCGCAAUGAGGUAGUCAGACGUACAUCCAUCACAAAAUGAACUUUUUACCCACGCCUCAUUGAACUUUUUGUUAGACCCACGUGAUAGGUGGGAGCCGUAUCGCCGUGAAAAUUGCACUUACGAUAAAUUAAUAAAUAAGUCGGUGGCAAAAAUAGUAAGUUUUAGAAAUAUUUAUAUAAUUUUUAAUUUUUUUUAAUAGUUCUUAUUUGGGAAUCUCAAUUUUUAAACCAGAAAUAUGACAAAACAUUCCUGUUUUUACAUUAAUAAUAAGCAAAUUGUAUGGUGAUAAUAUUUAAGAUAAUAUUAUUGUAUUCUACGCGCAUUAUGUAUACUGUUCGCUCAAUGUCAUUCUAUAAGUGCCUUAUAUACAGUAAUCACAUAAUAAAAAAAAAAACAAUAUUUUUAUAUGAAAAAAAAAAAACAAUUUUAUUAUAUUCUAAUUUAAAUUUUAGUGCAUGUUUCACCGGUAGAUUUUUAAGACAAAAAUGUAUUUUGGUAGAACUUGUGACAACAUUAUUUAAUUUCGAAUAAAAUCUCUAACCUAGCUUAAGGGACCAAAAUUUUACCAGUUCAAAAAUCAAAUUUGAAGAUCGCCUCAAACGUAUUCUGUGAUAAUUCUUCUCAAUGAGGGUCUUCAAAUUAUUAAUUUUUAUUGUAUUUUUAAAUUUUAAAAAAAUCGUCCAAUCGACUGAAAUGUACGAAUAACGCAUAAAAAAUCAAUUGUAACGUUAAAAACUUGAGGUAGUGCUAACAUAAGGUUAUAUAUACAACUUUUUUAGAGUAUUCGGAUGACAUUGUAGCCAAGUUUGAAGCAUUCCAAGAUUUUUUUAAAAAUUAACUUUUAUUAUUCCUUAUAAAUAAAUGAUUGUAUUUUAGAAGUGUAUAGUAUAGUAGUAGUAGCGUCGUUCGUAAUAAUCUGUUGUACCGAUAUGUCGUUAGAGGAAUUAUGUUUAGUAUUGUAUUGUAUACAUAAUUUUACUAUAAGGCCAAAAAAUAUACAUAAUUGUGUAUUUUCAAUAAUAAAAUUUAUGUUUAUAA